GUGGAGGUGGUCCUUUUGCCCGGUGGACGAGUGCGGCUACCCCCACAGUCACCAUUUCCGCCCCGGAGAGCUCCAGGCUGGCAGCGCAGCCCCUUCCCCGGCUGAGCAUCGGGCGGAAGACCCUGGUGGCAGCUGCUGUGGGGGUCAUGCUGGUCCUGGUUUUGGUGGUUUUGAUACCGGUACUGGUCAGCUCGGUGGGCGCAGGGGGGUCGGACGACAGCGCCAGCCACUACGAAAUGCUCGGGACCUGUCGCAUGGUGUGUGACCCAUACCCCAGCACUGGCACUGCGGGGAUGGGAGUCCACGCGGGCACAGAUUCGGUAACUGCAGGUCUACAGGUGGACCAUGAUGAAGACUUGGGAGACCACAGCAUUGGCCCGCCGUUGACAACCUACAGCGCUCACGGCUCACUGGGCAGACCAGGGAAACCAGGGAAGCCUGGACCCCCAGGACCUCCUGGAGAACCUGGACCCCCUGGACCUCGAGGACCCCCUGGUAAUAACAUGGACAUAGUGAGAACAGGCAUUCUAGGUCUGGGAGGAAAAGGGGUAAGCACAACCACUUACAACACAACUCCUCGUGUGGCUUUUUACGCGGGUCUCAAAAACCCUCAGGAAGGCUAUGACAUCCUGCGCUUUGACGAUGUGGUGACAAAUAUUGGGGGCAACUAUGAAGGGGCAACAGGCAAGUUCACCUGCAAGAUCCCGGGCACCUACUUUUUCAUCUACAACGUCCUAAUGAGAGGGGGAGACGGCACCAGUAUGUGGGCUGACCUGAUCAAGAAUGGCCUGGUCAGAGCCAGCGCCAUCGCACAAGACCAGGACCAGAGUUAUGACUACGCCAGCAACAGUGUCAUCCUUCAUCUGGACGCCGGAGAUGAAGUCUUCAUCAAACUGGACGGGGGCAAAGCUCACGGGGGCAACAGCAACAAAUACAGCACCUUCUCAGGGUUCAUCCUUUAUGCUGACUGAGGUCAAAGUUCAAAGGGGAUAGAG